GCAGCCGAGCUUCUCCCUCCUGCCCGUCGCGCUGAGGGAAGCGCCUGAGGGCGCAAAGAAGUCUAUUUGGUCUAUCCAUGGAGCUGUAAAAAGUUACCUCACCAAGCCGUCAGAGGAUGAGACCCAACCUUGUAUCCCACGAACGCUGUGUUUUCGGUUUGUUUGGAAUAUUUGGUGAUGCUCCACAGCGAAAGAUCGUCUUUAAAGUCUACGGAAUCAUGUGCUGUCUGUCCUUGCUGUGCGGUUUGUCUGCUAAAAUCCACAAGAGAAUGGGGAGCAAAUCGGGGCUAAUCCCUGGAGGAAAAGGCCCUUAUUCUGUUGGCUGCACAGACCUCAUGACUGGCCCCGGCAUUCAGGGAAGUUUUUUGCGGCUCUUUUACCCAUCCCAAAACGGCACAAGUUCUGAAGACACCGCAUGGAUUCCCAAAAGAGAAUACUAUCAUGGGCUAGCUGAUUUCCUUAAUAUGUAUCAGACUAUGGGAGAGUUUGUGCUUUCACAAUAUCUUGGCCGCGUGACCUGUCCUGCCAAAUGGGAUGCUGAAUUCAAACCUGGAGAAAAAUACCCCCUCGUUAUUUUUUCCCACGGGCUUGGCGCCUUCAGAACUGUAUAUUCGGCAAUCUGCAUUGAAAUAGCUUCUCGGGGAUUUAUCGUUGCGUCUGUUGAGCACAGAGAUGAGUCCGCUUCAGCAACGUAUUACUAUAAGGAAGCAGAAGGAGCAGCGGCAAAAUUGCAGGAAGAAUGGAUGUAUUACAAGAAGUCAAAAGCAGACGAAGAUGACGAUGUUCCUCUUCGUCAGCGUCAGGUGCAGCAGAGAGCAGAUGAGUGCAUUAGAGCCCUUGACCUCUUGCUGGGCAUUGAUUCUGGAAAGCAAGUAGAGAACUUGAUGCCCAUGCGUUUUGACUGGACCCCUCUAAAGGACUCCAUUGACAUUCACAAGAUAGCGGUGAUGGGGCAUUCUUUUGGGGCUGCCACAGCCAUUGAGACCCUUAGCAAAGACGAACGAUUCAAGUGUGGUGUGGCCCUUGAUGCGUGGAUGCUGCCUCUCCUUGAUGAAGUCUAUGCCAAAGUUCACCAGCCGUUGCUGUUCAUUAAUUCAGAAAAAUUCCAGUGGGCCUCCAACAUCUUAGAAAUGAAGAAACUGGUCUCUGCCAAUGAGGAGACAAAGAUGAUCACUAUCAAAGGAUCAGUGCACCAGAGUUUCCCAGACUUCACAUUCCUGGCCGGUAACUUCAUUGGAAAGAUUUUUAAACUCAAAGGAGACAUUGAUCCGCAUGUAGCCAUUGAUGUUAGCAAUGAAGCUUCAUUAGCCUUCUUACAAAAACAUUUGGGCCUCCAGAAAGACUUUGACCAGUGGGAUCCUCUUGUAGAAGGUGAAGGCCCUCAUGUCAUCCCUGGAACGAACGUUGAGCUGCCUCCUUCAGAAAAAUAAAGGAUGCGCUAAAAAAUAUUGUGCCUAGAACACUUAAUUGCCAUAGUGCUGCUUGGCACCUAGCGGUAACUUCCUCACUGUUGAUACUGACUGGAAAAUGAGGAUUCAAGGAAGGCAGUUUUGUAACCUACCUGGGCCAGCUGCACAAAGUUACACUGCAAUAUUGGUAGGGUAGUGUUUGUAAGUCGUUGCCAGUUUAUAAGCUUGUCUCAUAAUGAUGUAGGAUUGAACACCUAUACUCAGUAAGGAUGGCUGUGUGUAGUAGACUGAGAGCUGUGUUCACAACAUGCUUUAUGAUGUGUGCAAGUUGUUUCGCACAUCCACAUGGCUGCAAAAUGAAAAUAAGCUGUUUAACUACUGCCUUUUUUCAGAUCCUGAAAUGGGAUAUCCACUCAUGUGGAGUUCGAAGGUUUCUCUUCAGUAUCACUAGCGGAGAGCUAACCCCAGCUGUCCUUAUGAGCGCUCCAGUUUUGUUCAUGCCCAAUUCCGCUGGCAUGGAUCAAUCAGAACCAUUAUAUUAAAACGAACAUAGUAAAUUUCCAACCCCCACCCCUCCAGAUUUGUACUUGAAGCUGGACCCUGUGAAGCACAGCUGACGAAAGGGGUCAGCUGGAGUUCCAUUUUGAAUGGCCUUAAAGUAGCUGCAGCCUUCCUUACCCUGUGGAGCCGCCUAUAAUGCCUCUUAAGGUCUCUGGAUUCUCAAUGCAAGGAUGACUCAGAGCGCCAUUUAAGAAAAGGUAACUUAUCAAGUCAUGUACAUAAGCACAUGUUAAGCUAGUGAUGGCCAGACAUGCCAGGAAACAACAGGGGUAAGGACCAUGCUGAUGACCAGCGUGCCCAAUGGUUACUAUGAGCACACCAUGGCAGAUUUCUGCUUGGUGAACAGUCGUCUGUAUUUACCCUGCUUGAUGCUUGAGCUGAUUUAACGUGGGCCAGUUUCCAAACAAGAACUCGUUUGUGUUGUGUAGUCCAGUUGCCCGUCAUGCCACCCAUUUGGACCUAUAGAAACAGCCUCACGCUUGCCUUUUAGCUUAUUUUCUGCUUCUGACAAGAAAUGUGGGGAUUGUUGCAGCUGAUCAGAGGUUUCUCCACUCCAAAGUACUCUUAUCCUUAGACAAGAUCACUCUUGGUCCAGUCCAGGAAGAUGCUAAAGCUAACUGUACCCAUGUGCCUGAUGAAGAGGUUAUCUUAAUGUCCUGAGAAACUGGGGGAGCUACUGGAGCUUUCCAGCUAAGGAAUAUUGAAAACAACAUGCACAGAAAACCUAAGCCUUAAAACCUUUUCAGUUAUAGAAAUAAUAUGUUCAGGAAGGUAAAAACUUUUCAAAUUUCAAUGUUAAUGUCCUCUUUGACAUAACCACUAAGGAAAAAAACCUUGGUGAGUUAGUAUAUUGCUCUGUUCACUGUGAUGACGCCAAGAAGAACAAUACCACAGUCGAUGUAACUGCAUUGCAAAGCAGUUGUCAGAAUUAAAAUAAGAUGUAUCAGCUAUUACAGUCUUUUUAUUAUACUCUACUGUAUGCUA